AUGACGCCUGCCGGACGUCGUGUGGGUCCCUCCGUCCGACACGUCGAAAUGGCCGUUGUUGGAACCGCAGGACCGUCGUCCGUUGCCGUUCUACGGCGGCUGAGAAUUGCACAGAAUCGUGGUUUUUGCGUACUACGACGUGGUCGUCGUCGCGCCCGGCUCUGUCACUGCCACCAGGAGGGAGGGUGUGGCCUCGCGAAGCGGUUUUCGACCGACAAAGCGCUUGAAGGGAAAACAAAUUAA